CUCCAGCGCACGGCGAUCCAAGGCGUCUGCUGCGGGCGCUCCCUGGUGGGAAGAAGGCUGUCCAGCUGCGGGUGAGCUUAUGUCCUCUGCCCUUGUCGGACAGAUGACCGCCGUCGAGUGCACGGGACAUAUAUGAAAGACGACGUCUCAGCAAUGACCCCGAAGCAGCGCACUGAGCGACCCUAGGGAGCAAUCCUUUCCAAGUGACCUUUCCUGCCGGCAGAGCCCCCGAGCAUCACCCCCCCCCCCACCUCCGCUCCUCCUCCUGUGGCUGCUCCGGGGGAGAGGUCAGCGCGUGGAAGAGCCGGCAGGCAUCAGCCGCUGCCCGGACUGGACCGGGCCGAUGAGCUCUCGUUGGACACGGGACACGGGAACACUAGCCGGGAGGCUCGCCGCUGCACCCUGGACCAAAGUGCUUCAAAGUUAUGUGAAAGUGCAUCGGCUCGGCAGCACAACUCCAGCGAAGUGAAGUGGACCGGACCUGUGCUCGCGAGGCGCUUCGGAUCGGCGCAGCUAUGCGGUCAUUCCUGGCUACGCUGACUUGGCUGUGCGUGCAGACCCUGCUGAUGCUGUUUGCGCCACUCCAGCAGAUCUUUGCAGAGGAGAGUGUGGACUUCCGAAUUCACGUGGAGAACCAGACCCGGGCGCGGGACGACAUGAGCAGGAAGCAGCUGCGCGUCUACCAGCUGUACAGCCGCACCAGCGGGAAGCACGUGCAGGUGCUGGGCAGGCGGAUCAGCGCCCGCGGCGAGGACGGCGAUAAAUAUGCCCAGCUCGUUGUGGAAACGGACACUUUUGGGAGUCAAGUGCGAAUCAAGGGCAAGGAGACCGAAUUCUACCUGUGUAUGAACCGGAGGGGCAAGCUGGUGGGCAAGCUCAAUGACAAAAGCAAGGAGUGCGUCUUUGUGGAGAAGCUCCUGGAGAACAACUACACGGCACUCAUCUCGGCCAAGUACUCGGGCUGGUACGUGGGCUUCACCAAGAAGGGGCGCCCGCGCAAAGGCCCGCGGACGCAGGAGAACCAGCAGGACGUGCACUUCAUGAAACGCUACCCCAAGGGCGUGCCCCCCGACCCCCAGAGACCUUUCCGCUACACCACCGUCAACAAGCGGACUAAGCGCAUUCGGCCCACCAGCCCCAGGUAGGGGGGCGCCCCGUGGUCACACCUGUACUGAUACGCACGCCAGCGCCCCUGGCGGACCGCUCCCAAGGCGCGGCUGGGCACCGAGGACGGAACAUUUGGACAACGGCGCCCCCGGGAGGACGCCGGACCGGACAGUCGAGACUUGGGUUGGUUGGUUUGUUUCUUUGUUUUCCUUCGUUCCUGACAGACGGGGUCCGAGGUGGGCGACCCCCGAGCAAAGCCGACAGGAAAGCUGCUACACGAGAUGCCAGCGGGCCCGGGAGGGCCGGACACCUUGGCACGUACAAGGCAACUAUUUAUUUCUUCCUUCUCUGUGUAUUGCAGACCCUUCACUUAUUACUGCCUCAUUAAUAAUAAAAAGUCCAAAACACCAACCUGAAGGGGCUGCUGGGAACGCAUUGAAGCAAUCA